AUGCCAAAAGGACGGGACAACGCUAUCCUAAUAAAACAUCAUAACUGGCCAGGGAAGCCCUUUCCUGCACCGGCGAUGCCAGUGUCGAAAUUUAACCGACACAUGUUUAAUACAGCCACCACACCACCAGACAAACUCGUCGGCCUGCUAGAGGAGCACCUCGCUGCCGCGGCAGCGGCUGCAGCAGAGAGUGAGGAGCGUGUAGCACUGCAUCAGCGGCAGCUGUUUCACCCCCUUCCGCCUUUAUCGCCAGAGCAACUACCAGACAUGGCAGACCCCAAGUACUUCAUACGCGUGCGGCAGGCGGCUGCGACCUUGUGGGCAAGCAACGCGGCCCCCCUAGUCGCACAGAGGUCCCAUAAUAUCUCGGCUGGAGCUUCGUUGGCUGGGCUUGAGGUGGAAAAGCAAGCAAAGCGUAGCGAGAGGCACCACCAUGCGCAACAAGUCGCGGGAGACUCUGCAACGCAGCCGGCAUCGGACAGCGCCACAUUACUCACCAGAAACGAGAAGAGCGCAGCAGACAGAGCACAAGAAGAGGGAUUCCCCUCCCUCCCUCAAACAACCCGACAAACCGCUGCGCUAUGCAUUUGCCUGCUGGCGGCUUCUGCUUUCCUCUUCUGCACUCUCUUUUGUUUUUCGUGUCUCAUUGUUUGGAUCUGCAAUCGAUUUGUGUGCCCCUCUUUACGCGUGCGCGUCUGCGUAUGGGGGGAGGGGCCCUCUGUGGCCCCUUUCCUUUCCACGUUAUUUUUUUUUUUCUGCGUUCGUUUGUUUGUUUGCUUACUUUCUCAGCAUAGUUGGCGGACGCACCACAGCAGUGGUGCUGCCAGUGAGGUAUUACGUGAUUGCGAUAAGUGA